GUGGCGGCGGGACUUGGCGGAACAUGGCGGCGCGCUUGGCUGGGCGCUGCCUGUGGGGCGGGCGCCAGGGACGCCGGUUCAUCUCCACAGCAACUGUUUCUCGACUGACAUCAGAUGACGUGAUUCAGAUGCGUAAUGAGCUCUUCACCAAAGAGAAGGAGCGACAGUUGUCUCUUUAUCCACGGAUUGAGAAAAUCGAAGUAAAAUACAUUGGGAAAUCGCACCCUGGCAGUGUGUUUGUGAUGAACAAGGCUUUGUCCACACCAUACAAUUGUGCCAUGCACUUAAGUGAAUGGCACUGCAAGAAAUCCAUUCUAGCUCUUGUGGAUGGUGAAGUGUGGGAUAUGUACAGACCCUUGACCAAAUCAUGUGAAAUUCAGUUCCUUACUUUCAAAGACGAAGAUCCAGAAGAAGUAAACAAGGCCUAUUGGCGCUCCUGUGCCAUGAUCAUGGCAUGUGUGUUAAAGCGGGCAUUCAAAGAUGAGUACUCAGUGAGUCUGAUCAAAGCUCCAGAAGUGCCAGUGAUCUCUGGAGCUUUCUGUUAUGAUGUGAUUUUGGACAACAGGCUUAACGACUGGAAACCGACAAAUGAAAACUUCCGUUCUCUUACAAGAGAUGCCAGAAAGCUCAUUGAUAAAGACCUGCCGUUUGAAACCCUGCACGUUGAGGCAAAAGUAGCGUGUGAAAUGUUUCAGCAUAACAGACACAAAAUGGAGAUGAUAGAACAAAAAGCUUCUCAGAACACGGAAGGAAUUGUAACAUUACACAGGUUUGGUGAUUUUGUAGAUGUUAGUGAAGGCCCUCAUAUUCCAAGGACAAGUUUCUGUUUCCAGUAUGAGAUAACAGCAGCCCAUAAUCUUCAGACUGACCAAUCUGAAUUGAUUAGGAGAUUCCAGGGUGUGUCUCUGCCAGUCUGUUUGAAGGCUCACCACACCGUGUGGCACAGGCUGCUGGAAAGAUCAAAGAAGCUGGUCACUGAAGAGAAAUAUUUGGAAGCAGCAGCGGCAGCAGCAGAAUGUCAUGAGGCGAAAGAUGGAACUGAAGAAGGAAAAGAUCUAUCAAUUUAAAUUAAAUUUAACCUCUAAAUGUACAUAAUAAAAUAUGUAUUUUUUACAUUACUUACUGUACUGCAUGUAAAAAUAACUUAUUUAUUUAAAUGCUGGGGGCCUGUGUCACAGAUAGAUACAAAGCUGUUGCCAGGUAUUUCAGUCCACUUUGAAGAAUUCACUCAUUUUGCAAAUUACCCUUUUCUUUAAUUCAAGAAUUAUUAUGUGACU